AGUUUUGGAAAUUGGUAGGUCAGUUCCAUUGUAUCUUCUUUGCUCUUAUUUUAUAGGUUUUCAUGGAAUGGCUCAAUAGGAGGAGCAAAAACCGCAACCGGUAUGAUGGGUUAGUGGGAGAUAGCUAGAGGCCCCUCUCCAACAAGUGGAAUAAGGGUAGAAAGCAACAUAAACUACUUUUUGUAAUAAAACACUAAAUUUACAGAGGCAAAGGUGUUUUUUCGUCAUGCCUCUUUAACCAAUAAGAUGCAAGCAAAAAGAAAAAGCGGAAGUAACAUGAUUCGGAAGAGAAGAGGAAAAUAUUUCUGCAGUGUGAGUUUCUUGUCCAGACAUGGCAGAAAGAAACAAGAAUGUGGAAGACAAGAAGAAACAUGAAACAGAGUCUGUUAACUGGAUAUACUGUAAACGCAGUAAGUGAGUGAAGACAGAAUGAACCGUUCAGGCUUCUGCAAGCCACUGUGAUUUACAUAGUCUGCAGAUCACGUUUUUGUCUCAGCAUGGCAUGUGCCUGGGACUUUCAGUUUCGAGUACUUUUGUUGGGAGACUCAGGAGUGGGUAAGACUUCUCUACUCCAUCGUUACACAGAUGGACAGUUCACAGACACAACAACAGAGACAGUAGGAGUUGAUUUCUGCUGCCAGGAAGAAGAGCCAGAGCCUGGUGUCAAAGUCAGACUGCAGUUCUGGGACACUGCAGGGCAAGAGCGAUAUAGAGCUGUGACACGUUCCUACUACAGAAAUGCUGCUGGGGUUCUCCUUCUCUUUGAUCUCACCACACGGCAAUCUUUUGAUAAUGUCACUGAAUGGCACAAGGAGGUAUCUGAGCGAACCCAAGCCAAACCAAUGGUCUUCAUGCUGCUUGGAGCAAAGAAUGACCUGAAGCAGAAACGGAUAGUAACCCAGGAGGAGGCACAGAGACUAGCAGAAAAUCUGGGGGCUCCUUAUUUAGAAACCUCUGCCCAAACAGGCAGUAAUGUGUCUGCGGCACUUUCACUUUUGUGCAGAGAACUGCUCAGAGCUGCUCGCUCACAGACCCAGGCAUCAGCAGAGGAGUGUAGCAGGGCCUACUGUACAAAUGAAGAAAUGCAGAAAAAGCAAGAAACAAAGUGCACAUGUUGAAAACAAGGUUGAUUAUGCCUAUAUAGCAACUUUGCAUUUCUAUUACACUUUUAUUCUCACUACAGGAGCACUAUCAGCACUAUCAUACUCUUUGCUGCUUUAACCUGGACUGAUAUUAUGGAUGGACAAACAGAGUCAGUAGCCACAGCAAUUAUGUCAGCCAUGUUUAAUUAAACAAACAAUCCUAUGUAUAUACAAAAGGUAGUCAGGGGAUCGUUUAACCCUUUCCCAGCCAGAGGGUUGUAGAAUUUCUGUCCCCUAAAUUAGGCUCUUCUCUGAAGAGGUUGCCUCCGCACUCAUCUGUGGCAGUUUGAAGGUGUCAAGAUCAGAAUGCAAAGGGACUGCAGAAGUCCAAA